AUGGACAAUUCCAUAAAGUCUGCGGCGCCCGUCGCUCACUCCCUUGAUGAUAAAGGGUUAGGCAGUAUUCAGGUCCAGAAUGCAGAUGAAUUGCGCCUGGCGCAGAUGGGCCAUAAGCAAGAGCUGAAACGCCACUUUUCAGUAUGGAGUCUCAUCGGUCUGGCUGCAAAUUGUACCAUCUCCUGGACUGGACUCGGUCUGGGUCUCAUCACUUCCAUCAACGCUGGCGGUCCCGGUGCCCUUAUCUACGGAUUUAUCUUCGUCUUUAUCCUGCAAUGCUUUCUAGGAACAUCACUAGCGGAGUUUGUUUCUGCGUACCCAGUCGAAGGUGGGAUGUAUCACUGGAUUGCAGCCAUUGCUCCGAAACGGUACAGCAAUGUGUUAAGUUUUGCGACUGGCUGGAGCACAGUGUUCGGCUGGAUAUUUACCACUGCCUCUACGAACCUCGUUUACUCAUCGAACUUCAUCGCCCUCAUUGCCUUGUACAGACCCAACCUUGUUGUGCAGCCUUGGAUGACUUUCGUUGCGUAUCAAGGGUUCAACGUCAUAACCUCUGGAAUCGUCAUGUUUGGCAAUAAGUGGAUGCCAGCAAUCAACAAGUUCUCAUUAUGCUACCUUCAACUAGCCUGGUUCGCCAUCCUGGUCACCGUCGCAGCCACUGCCCCCAAACACAACGACACAGAAUUUGUCUUUCGAACCUGGAUCAACGAAACCGGCUGGAAGAACAAUGUCGUCUGUUUCAUAACGGGCCUAGUCAACCCCCUGUACAGUCUAGGCGGCCUAGAUGGGAUCACUCACAUCACCGAGGAAAUGCCAAACCCAGGAAGAAACGCUCCUUUAGCACUAGCUUGCACACUCGCCAUAGCUUUCGUCACCGGCUUCACCUACCUCCUCAGCCUCAUGUUCUCCGUUCAAGACUACGCAAGCCUCGCCGACUCCCCGACAGGUCUUCCCCUCGCAGAGCUCUUUCGCCAGGCAACCCAAAGCCGCGGAGGCGCCUUUGCCCUCGUCUUCCUUCUCUGGGUUGCAGUGGGACCAUGCGUUAUCGGCUCACAGCUAAGCACCGGACGAAUGCUCUGGGCAUUUGCCAGAGACGACGGACUUCCCUUCUCUAAGUUUUGUUCCAAAGUCAACAAACGAUUCGGAGCUCCCGUCAACGCCCAGCUAUGCGUGGGUAUCAUCAUCGCCCUUCUAGGCUGUAUUUACCUUGGUUCUAGCACCGCGUUCAACUCGAUGAUGAGUUCUGCUGUAACAAUCAACAACAUCGCCUACCUCGUCCCCAUCCUUACGAACGUCCUCCUUGGUCGAAAAACCAUGCACCGCGGCCCAUUCUCACUAGGAUACGUAGCAGGAAUGACGGUCAAUAUUAUCACUGUUGCGUGGCUGGUCUUUGCAAUUGUGUUUUUCUCGUUUCCGUAUGAUAUGCCUGUUACUGCCUCGAAUAUGAAUUAUACAUGUGUAUGUGUCGGUGGGUUCCUGCUGCUGGAGCUAUUGUGGUGGAUUGUGGCGGGGAAGAAGUAUUCGAGACGGAUGGAGAAGGUAAGGGAAGAAGAGAAGAAUGCUUCGCAGGCGGUGGUGGUGGAUCUUGUGGGGAAGAGCUGA